AUUUGGAGAAGUCUUCAUCUAUUGAUAGGGUUGAAUGGUUCACGUACUCUACAGAAUGAGGCCAGAAAACCCCUGCUCGUUGUGUAUCCAGGUGGUCUCGCACAUCACUGAUGCUAUUAAAGAUUGGAUUGAGGGUGUUGUGAUUCCCGUGGAUGGAAAGGAGGGCCCUGCAGAUGUUUGUGUGAUUGAACUGGCAGGCACUGAGGGUGCGUUACAAAACAGUCUGCAUGGAAGUGUAUGGGAGAAUAGUAGGUGAUCAGAAUGUGGUAUCUUCAACUCAGGGAACCAGAUCAAAGAGGAAAAUGAAAAACUCUGGGAGACAAUGUAUCCCAGUGAGCCUAGUUUGGCUUAUAAUUGAAUGUGGAGUUGGGAUUGCAGUACUUGUCAGAUGCUUCGUUCAUAAGAAAGGUACAGAGAAUCAGAUAGCUGAAAAACUUGGAGCUGGUUUCUCUCGAGUCCCAUUUGCUAUUAUUGUGACCAUAUGCACAACAGUUUCAUUCCUUGCAAUUGUACCUUUGGGAGAAUUAUUCUUUUUCCAUAUGAUCCUGAUACGAAAGGGUAUCACAACUUACGACUAUGUUUGGGAGAAUUAUCUUUCCUUGGAAGGUUGUUUCUGCUCUGGUAUUGAAAAUUUUCCCUUGUCAGGCAAGUUGACCUUGUUAAACUAAAUGAGCUAUAGGCAGAUGAGCUCUUACAUGAAGUUUAAAUGAUGUGAACAUUAGAUAGAAAAUUUCACAAUGUGAAGAAGGAUCUGCCUGUUCUUAUUUAAUUUGUUUUACUGAUCUUCAUUUAACCUUUGUCCCAUGAUGUUUUUUAGAUCAACAUAAACCAAUUAUAUUUGUAUUACCUAAUACUAUAAUUUUUAACAAAUUAAAUAAACCUUUGAUAGGUGAUUGCUACUCUUAUGAGUAACAACUUUUUCUUAAACGCCAAUGUGAUUCUAAUUCCCUGGUAUCAUAUCUAAAAAAUUCUCUUUAUAAUUUAUUUUUACAUCAAGUUAAUAUAAUCAUAUAGGAAAAAUAAUGAUAUUUGCUUGAUGCUGAAAAGGCAUUAUUGUACAUGGAUGGUGUAGCUUAUAUAUUAGUGCAGUAGUAGUACUUUCAAAUAAUAAAAAAAAAAAAAAAAAAAACAAAAUCUCUAGUAGUGCCUAGGCAUAUAUUUAUUAUACACUAGCUAGGUGCAGAGGAAUUAAUGCAUACACACAACGUAAAGCAAAAGGUUUGGCACCUCUUAUUUUUAUCUCUACACCUAGCAAAAGGAUUUAUUUUUUCUAUUUAAAUAUUAUGAUUGAAUUCUCAUUAAGUCACUGAUAUUUUUUUAAAUAUGAUUGUUAUUUAAUGAAAUUAGGAAAUUAAAAUUAAGCACAAAG